AUGAAGGUACAAGGGUCAGCCAAUGGCUGGGAAGUGUUAGUGAGAACUGACGACGAUGAUCGCGAGGGCUUUUCCUUUCUAGACAUUAUGGAUCGUGUGGAUCCCCUACCAGAGAACUUCGAGAAUUAUGACAACUUCAAAGAAGGCGUUUACUACAUGUGUACACACAGUGGUACGAAAAUUGGAUUUGUAUUAAAAUUUGCUAUAAAUGAAAUGAAAACUGUUUGCAGAGAAAUUUUCGAAAAGACCUUUCAAUUAAAUGAGCUUAGUCAUGUGCUAAAGUUUAGAAGUGAGGAUUUUGAACUUAGAAACAAGUUGAUUGAUCAAUUGGCUCAUAAAAUGUAUCAGGAAUCAUCAAUAAGUGGUGUCAAGGGCUGGAGAAAUGAAAAAUACGCUAUCUGGGUAGAUAGAAAACCUUACGCACUCAUUGAACGCGCAAUGGCAGGUGUUCUUGGUAUAAUCACCUACGGGGUUCACAUUAAUGGUUAUGUGCUGGAUCCAAAAUCUAAGAGAAUUCAGUUUUGGAUUCCAAGAAGAUCCGAAACAAAACAAACAUGGCCACUCAUGCUUGACAACAUUAUAGCCGGGGGAUUAGGAUAUCCCUAUGGCAUCUAUGAAACAGUUUUGAAAGAAAGCAUAGAAGAAGCCAACUUGGAAAAAAGUAUUAUUGAGGAUAACGUCAGAGCCGCUGGUGUAGUUUCCUACCUUUACUUCACAGGUGAUAUUUCUGUAACGACAUUCGAUAAGGAAUCCGAUUUUAUCGUCGGAGAAGUGGAAUAUGUCUACGAUCUGAAACUCGGUAAGGAGGUAAUUCCAAAACCGAACGAUGGCGAAGUCGAGAGUUUUAGUCUCUACAGCCUGCAAGAAACCAUUAAUGCUUUAAAAAGGAAAGAAUUCAAGCCCAAUUGUGCCCUAGUAACGGUAGACUUCUUGAUUAGACAUGGCUAUAUUACACCAGAAAAUGAGCCCAACUAUCUUGAAUUAGUGGCCAGAAUGCAUAGAAAAUUGCCAUUUCCGACUUUAAAUUGA